AUGUACGUUAAAGAAGUUACCGAAGAAAUCCCUACCACGAGUAUUUUAAGGCUAUUCCCUUUCAACGAUGAAAGCAAAGCGCAUCAAGAUGUAAAAGUACCUCGAGAGAGUGUCUACGAUGCAGAGAUGUAUAGAAUCCUGCAUAAUUGGCUUGUAAAAGUACAUAAUUUUGAAGUGACUGGCCAAUGUCACUUGGAACAGGUUUGCGAUGGUGAGUAUGAUCAUCUUUAUUGCGAUCUUGCAAUUACUAAAAUAAUUAACUAUUUUUUGUCUAAGUUAGACGAUGUCAUCCAAACUUGUCGCGAUUUUGGAACUUUUGGCAACGGCAUCCUCAAUAAACUUAAAUAA